AUGACCCGUAGCCAGUCAGGAGGUUUACUGCCGUUGAAUCCAAAGAUUGAUCGCACCUGUCGCCAACUCAGGAGACAACAACGAGCUAGACUGAAUACGGAAGAGCGCAUAGACGGCCACCUGAGUAGCGAUUCUGAAGAAGAGUACGGGAUGGACGGAGACUACAAUCAGCACCAGGGGAAUCCUCAGCAGGUUCCCCCGGUGAAUCAGGUCCUGGGGAACAACCCCAUACCCCAGGAUUAUGGGGUUCAUCAUCCACCGCAGUCGGGUCCCACCUUGGAGUACUACUAA